AUGGCCUCCAAUCCCAAAUGCGACGCUCCAUGCGUGCUCCCAGUUCCCUGGAUUCCGAAUAUUACGAAAGCUCGAACUGCUCUCUGGUCCACUGCUGCCGUCAUUGUUGCUUCCACUGCGCUCUACCGUCGUCUGCAUGGCAAGCCUCGUGAAUCUGUUCGGCAAAUUCUAUGGCCCGCAAUCAAGAUUAUUGAGCCGAUCGAUCUGGUCUUCUACACGGUAUAUGUCUCGCACGAUGUCAACAGGUUUCAAGAGGACAUAGGCUUGCUGGUAGUGACUUAGGUAGUCACUGUCGCUGUUGGCCUCUAUGAACUUGCCGAUUAUCUGGACCUCUUCCCCGGUACCAAGGAGCCUCCAGCUGGCUCCGAUCCUGAACUUGCGAGCGAGGAUGAGCUUCAGUCACUCAACGCCUCCAUGCGUACCCUCCACGAGGGAUCGCCUGACCGUCUUCGGUCUAUCUCUGCCUCGCCCUCGGUCGACAGAACCGCCAAUGCCCCUGACGAUGGGCCCUCCUAA